AUGGCUCAGUCACUGGCCACGGUCAGUCAUCAAUUCUACACAAUCUCGGUUGCUAGCUUGGCUGUCGUGUUUACAUUCCCGACCUGGAUUAGUCUGAUCGGAUCAACUAGCGAAUGGCAAGAUAAAGCAAUGUCAAGUGUAAUAUUUGAUAGCCAACACGCUUGGUUUUCAAGUAGUGUAUCAAUCGAUUAUACCAACUGUUGGGUAAAGUAUGGUGGCAAGAUUGUUGAUCAGUGGGAUCAAGCUCAAUUUCUCUUCAGCCUUGAUAAAACAUUCCAAGAUACUGCAUGCUUGUAUGAUACUGACGAAUUUCGUAAGAGAAGAUUAACGGUUUUCGACCCGAAGCUCAUAUUGCAUGCUAAAGACGAAAGAUCUUUGUGUGAUAUUGACCUAGGCAAAUACAUUUUAAACACUCCUAAAGAAACUGAAGAUUUUACAUACAAAGUAUACCAUCGAAUAGGAGCCGAUGACAAUUUAUCGUCCGUUGAAGAUAGUUCUGACGUGCAUAGUGCAGACGAAGUUUUUAUUGCAAAAAGAAUCCUCUUGCGUAAUAAAAGAAAGCAAGCCUCCAAAUUACCAUUAGCUGCAAUUGCAAAAGAAGCAUCUUCAUCGACUACUUCAACCUCAAAAUCACGCCGCCCUCCCCGUUACCAAGCCACCAGGGCUAGAUUAACAAGGAAAGCGAAAGCUGUAGCUAAAAAGAAGAUAAUAAAGAAAACACCUAUUAUGCCGGAAAACUGCGAUGAUUUUACAUUUCCAGAGAAUGUUGUUAUUAAAGAUAUUGUACAUAUAGAUGAAAUUACCAUCGCAGAUCCUCAAGUUAAUAUGGAAUACUUCAUACCAAAUUGCAACAAAUGCAUGGUUAUAGGAAAAGGAUCGUCUUCUUUGAGUUCGUAA